AUGGCGAAUGGAACCGGAGCGGCUUCACCUAACUUGUUUUCGCAAGAAGCGAUUCUCACUGAGAGCCAAGAUAACGUUAUUGGAAAUCUCACUGCCCUUGUACAAGUUCUUUUAGGGCGGGUGGAUUCCUUAACCCAAAAAGUUGAAGCUUCCGGCUUUAACAGGAUACAUCAAACUAAUGGUUUACUAAGCAGACCCGGGGAAGCUAAUAGCGGCUGCAUUAACAACUCUACACCUGGAGAAGCUGCUGGCAUUAGUCCGAACCACGCUAGACCCAGGGAAGUGGCUACAAGUCCUGUCAACAUUACGCAAGCUGGUAAUAACAACUUUUUGGACAAUUCUAAUUCGGUAGCUUUAAAUAAUACUGAAGGAAAUGCCAAUUUAGCAGUACCGCUUCCACACAAUGAUGUGCUUGGUCAGGAAGCGUUGUUACCUUCUAUGGCAUCCUUUCUUAACAAAAGAAAUUUUUUUGGUACAAUGAAUGACAGUAAUAUACAAACUGAUAGUAACAAUGAGCAACCUGGCAACAUUUUAUCUAACAGUAUUAACGAAUUCGACCUUAAGUUGUAUAAAUGCAGGAAAUUGCAACUAGAGGUCGCUUACCUAGAGGAAUGUAUUGGUAAAAAAAUUAUACCGAAAGGAUUGCGCCAGUGGCGCUAUCCAGCCGGUUUGGUUGAGAAUUCUACAUUUCAUCGUGAAUUGAUUGAUUUGUUUGAUCGCCAGGGGCUCGAAUUUCUAAAGUCCCUCAUUAAUUUUUACAACACAGACAUUGGUAAUUUAAAAUCUGAUUUGGAGAGCCUUGAACAUGUCAUUAAGAGUCACAAGGACUUUCCUAGAUAUAAAUAUGAAUAUUGUAGGGUGUUUACAAGCAUUGAGGCAACAAUGGACAAAUUGUUAAUUACUAAAAAGAGAAAAAUAGCCCGAGAUUUGAAGGAUUAUUCUAACAACAAGGCUUACCCCAAACCUCCACCUUUGGCGUCUACUGCCUCAUUGAACAAUACAGUGACAUAUAAUGACAAUGAUAAUGACAACAGAAGUGAGAUAAUUCAGGUCCCUUCUCAUAGUACCUUUUCCAAUGAAAAUGAGGAGGUUCAACCUUUAAGGCGGAGUGAAAGAUUAAUCAACAACAAUAACAAUAGUGACAGCAGAGCAAAUAAUGCUAAUAGUAAUAAUAAUCAAAACAGGCUUUCUAAUAACAACGCUAAUGUGAAUGAUGGACAGAACCAGCGGGGUUUUCGUUCAAACACCAAUGCUCAACAAACCAAUCGGCAAAACAACCGCAACCAACCUCAAACGAGAAACAAAAGGAGGCAGAGAAGGAGAUAG